CUGGCUGCUUAGGAAAACUACGCUAGGAAUUCAGCUUGGGAGGGAGCGGGAGGCAGCGUCGGUGCUCUGGGCGCGAUCUGGGCCCUGAGCGAGGGGAGGUUAAACAUUAGCGGCUCUAUACCCGCGGAGACCGCGCGGCCCGGGCGGCUCUGCCUCCAGACGCGCUGCAGUGCGCCUGGCUCACUUUGAGGCGCCCGGUGGGCAGGUCGCGCGGAGCCAUGCAGGCCCCGAGCGGGAUGACUGAUCCCCCAAGACUGCUUUCCCAGGCAGGAUGGCCUUGGGUUUUACUUUUCGAAAAAAGUGAUUUAGAGGGCUUAGUGGUCUGAAUUCUGUAGGCAAAAGACGAGCUUUUUUUUUUUGGUACCGGGGAUCGAACUCGGGCCCUUGCAAAGACAAGCUUUUAAUAGUAUUACUUUUCAACAAACCUGUUGACAUCUCUGGUUCCUCUGCGAGCCACUCCAGAGCUUGAGUUCAGCAAGAGGCACCGAUAGUAUUUUCGAUUUGAGGUGACCAUAGCCAAAAGUCCACAGAAGACUUGCUGAGGACAGGGCAAGGGCCUAGGAGGCAGGAAGAUACUCCUUGCCUGUCUCUUGGAAGUCCGUUUCUAACAGGAAUUUGGAGAGGCCUGGAGAGUGGACGUUGCUCAGAUCUCCCUUCUCACGUGUUGUCCGAAGACACAGAAGCAAGCUGUGGAAAUGAGUUGUGGCCAGCCAAACCUUGCUGAAAUUCUCCAGCACUAACCCUGUUGUGAUUUGCUGUAAACUCUUCAGUCUUUUCACUAAGACAUCUCAGGCCCUCUUCCAGCUCUUUGGCCAGCUGCCGUGGCCUGGGUGGCACCCUACCCCAGUAGUCAGCCCAGGGCUUCUCUCACCCAUGCAACCCCCAGCUGUCACUGCUGAGGGCCUCAGCAGCCCACUCUUUGGGACCUGCACACUCCCCACCUUCAAAUUCCAGCCUCGCCGUGAGAGCAUAGACUGGAGGCGCAUUAGUGCUUUGGAUGUGGACCGUGUAGCCCAGGAGCUGGAUGUGGCCACUCUGCAGGAGAACAUUGCUGGUGUUACCUUCUGCAACUUGAAUCAGGAGGUGUGCAGCCGCUGUGGGCACCCUGUGGACCCGGUGCUGCUCAAGGUGCUGCGCCUGGCACAGCUUAUCAUUGAGUACCUACUGCACUGCCAGGAUUGCCUGAGUGCCAUCGUCACCCAGCUGGAGGCACGGCUGCAGGCCAGCCUGGGCCAGCAGCAGCGUGGCCAGCAGGAGCUGGGCCGCCAGGCUGAUGAGCUCAAGGGCGUACGGGAGGAGAGCCGCCGGCGUCGAAAGAUGAUCAGCACCCUACAGCAGCUGCUAAUGCAGACAGGCGCCCACAACUACCAUGUGUGCCACCUGUGUGACAAGUCAUUCAUGAAUGCCACCUUUCUCCGGGGCCACAUCCAACGCAGGCAUGCAGGCAUGGCAGAAGGUGGAAAGCAGAAACAGCAGGAACGGCCAGCUGAGGAGCUACUGGAAGAGCUGAGAGCCAAGCUGAAGUGGACCCAAGGGGAGCUGGAAGCCCAGAGGGAGGCCGAGAGGCAGCGCCAGCUCCAGGAAACAGAGAUUACUCGUCAGAGGGAAAUAGAAGUGAAGAAAGAAUUUGAUGAAUGGAAAGAAAAUGAGCGGACCAAGCUUUAUGGAGAAAUAGACAAGCUAAAACAAUUACUUUGGGAUGAAUUUAAAACCAUUGCCAACCAGAACUCUACCCUAGCAGAGAAACUGCAGGCUCUGCAGUCCCACAGUGUGAUGGAAUCCCACCUUGGAUCACUGCGGGAUGAGGACUCCGAGGAGCGACUCAGGCAGGCAGAAGAGCUCCAGGCCCUGCGAGAGAAGAUGGAGAUUCAGAAAACAGAAUGGAAGAGAAAGUUGAAGGAAUUGCAGGAAGAGCAUGUGACAGAGAGGAGAGAGCUACAGGAGGAGAAUGAGAGGCUCCAGGCCUCCCUGUCUCAGGAUCAGAGGAAGGCAGCCACCCAGUCCCAGCACCAGAUCAAUGCCCUCCGUGCCCAGCUGCGGGAACAAGCCAGGCUCAUAGCCUCCCAAGAGGAGAAGAUCCAGACCUUGUCCCUCAGGAAGGCAGAGUUGCCUGUGGUUGUGGCCACUGCUCCUUCCUGCCUCUCCAAAAAAGAUGAACCUACCAGAGGACCAUCUUUUUCUGGGAUCCAAGAGAUACCAAAGGCUGUGGACACAGAGGAGGACUCUCUUGAGGAAGAGCUGAAGGACUCCCAAGAUGAACAGCAGCAGGUGCUGGCUGCUCUGAGGCGAAACCCUCCAUUGAUGAAGCAGUUCCGGCCUAUCCUGGAGGACACCCUGGAAGAGAAGCUGGAAAGCAUGGGAAUAAAGAGGGAUGCAAAGGGAAUUGCUGUUCAUACUCUCAGACACCUGGAGUCCGUGCUGAAAGCCCAGCGGGAGCAGAAGGCCAGGAAGUUUUCUGAAUUUCUGAGUCUGAGGAAAAAGCUCAUCAAAGAAGCCAUCAGCAGAGUGAAGGAGAGACACAAUGGGAAUGUGGUGUCCCAGCCCAAGGGCCAGCCUCCAGACAAAAGUCAGCGGAGCACACUGCUUACCAGAGAGGCCCGGCCAAAGACCAGGGCCCUGCAUGUGGCGCUGCCAUCCAAGCUGGCAGAGCCAUUCACACCAGCUCCUCAGAGCCGCAGCAGCCAUGGCUCUGGUCCAACCCAGGUGUCUGCCCCAACUCCACGCCCCAGAGUGCAAGGACCCUCCAGCACCCCUGCCCCCCACGGGCCAGGGCUGAGCAGCACACCCCCAUUCAGUUCCGAGGAGGACUCAGAGGGAAACACCGUGCAUCGCAUGUCUCUUCAGAACCCCCAAGUUACUUCCAAGAUGGUGCCCCAGCAGAAGAAUGAUUGGGAUUCAUCUGACACUGAGUCCUCGGAAGAGAAUGUGCAGCCCCCUGGCAAGGGCUCAGAUGGGCUGGCUUCCUCUGGGACACUGGUGCAGUUGAUGGUGAAAAAUCUCGAGAAGCAGCUUGAGGCUCCAGUGAAGAAUCCUGCUGGAGGGGUCAGUCUGUUCUUAAGGCCCAAUGCCGGGCCUCAGAAGGCUACCAUGCUGGGAAGGAAGCCUCAGCUUUCUGAAGAUGAGAGCGACUUGGAGAUCUCUUCCUUGGAAGAUCUCUCUCAGGACCUGGACCAGAGAGAGAAACCAAAGCCCUGGUCCCGCUCAAAGCUCCCAGAGAAGAUUGAUGCCAGUUCUUGGAAUUCUGGCCGGCCCAGGGUCCCUGGCUGGUGACCCUGUCCAGGCCUUGCUGGCCAAAGGGCCCUUGUUACCUGGCUGGGGCCAGCUUGGGGCACACCCUAUCAGGAGAGGCUGUGGGGCCUUUUGCUUUCACCAUCAACCCUUGGAGAAAAGCCGAGCAGGGGCCAAAUAUGACCUCUCCCUCUUCUGCCUUUACUAGAGGGUCAGGGGUAACUGGGAAGGUACCCUAGUUCCCAAGGCUUGAGAAAUGGUUAUAACAGGAAAUCUAUGCAGUUUCCAUCGUCCAUUUCCGUGUCCACCCCAGGCUGAAAAGAGUCACUUAGCCACUCUUCCAGAGCCUUUUAUAAAUCUACAGGGUCACUGUAAGGGGUCCUGAUGCCUGCCAGUAAUUGCUCCAAAGUCAUUUAUUGAGUACAUACUCUGUGCUGGCUUUUCCAGCCUCAUGUUACUGAUUUGGGGUGCAGGCAGAGGUGGGUAGGGUAGAGUGUUUACCUCCAGGGCCACUAGGUACUAAUGACAGAGACUGGAGUGUUUUGGGAGCAUAGGAGAGGCCCGAAUGAUCUUGGAGAACUUCCCAGAGUUGUGAUAUCUGUAGGGCCUGUUCACAGGUAGGAAGAAAAGAGAGCCACAUGGCUGAGGCUUCAUGUUUCCAGAGGACCACAGAUUUAAUUUUUAAUAUUAUUUCCAAAAUCAAGUCAUAUAUAUAUAACCAUUGUAUUUUUUUAGUGUGAAAACAUUACUUUAUUAUGUGUAAGCAUUUAAAUAUAGUAUGAUGCACAUAACUGUC